AUGGCAGACAUUUUCGUAAUCGACACAAGACUACAGUCGAUACAAAUUGUUGCCAAAGAUAAAUACAACGAUGAAUGGCACGUUCGGCUUGAAGAGGUCCCUGAAGAUGUUGCCACGAACCUGCAAAAACUGAGGGUGGUUCCAGAUGAAGAAGCAACCGACCAGGAUAUCUAUUGCCUGAUGUGCGAGAAAUUCAAGCAUCCCUUCUGCAAAGAGCAUCCAUUCUACCAUAUUGGAGAUCGGGUCAGAAGUGAUACUCGCCCAGAUGAACCUCGAUCUUAUUAUACCUGCCCGUUAUUUUUCAAAAUUAGGCCAUCGCCAUUACAUGGACUUGGGAUAUUCGCUAGCUAUGAUCUCCCCGCUGGGCUAUUCUUUGGUCCAUACGAAGGAUUGAAGACAACAAAAGAAAAAGCAGAUCGGUCCGGUUAUGCAUGGGAAAUUGCUACAGAGGAGGGAACUAUGUAUAUUGAUGCUUCUGAUCCAAAGAAAUCAAACUGGUUGAGAUACAUCAACUGCGCGCCAAACGAAACACUGCAAAAUAUGAAAGCAAUAACUUAUUGCGGCCGUAUUUACUAUUACAUAUUUCGGCCGGUGAAAACGAAAGAAGAACUGCUGCUCGCCAAAAUGGGUGGCGUAGAGUCAAAAGUGGAUGUGGAAGCGGUAAGGAAAGAGGUCAAUUCACACCCCGUCGUGAUGUUCUCUAAAAGCCAUUGUGGCUAUUGUGUAAAAGCAAAAGACUUGCUGGCAAAUGAGAAAAUCGAGUUCAAAGAGCGAGAUCUGGACGCGAUGAAAGCUGAAAGUCCCAAGGAGCAUCAAUCCUUUGUCAAUGGGCUUGUCUAUACGACGCGGAUCACUGGAGUACCGCAGAUCUUUAUUUGUGGAAAAUUGAUUGGUGGCUAUACAGAGUUGGCGGCACUAGCUGAAGGCAAGACCUUACUCGACAAGGUUUCCGAAUGCGCGAAGGAACACGAC